GGGUGUGCAGUGCUUCAAGCGGUUGAUGCAGGCUAAAAAACCAGUAGGAACCAAGUUCACAGACGAGCAGAAAAAUGUCUCGUCCACAACCAAGAACCUGGAUGUUAAUACCGGCACAGUGCUCACAAAGCAUGACACACAGCACUAUGCCGAGUUAGGGAGCGAGAAGAUCGUGGUGAGUGAUGAUAUGGUGAAGAAAACAAAGCAGAUGCUGCCGUCUGGUAUUCAGCUCUUAGGCUUCAAGCCUAUUGGCAGGGUCAAGCCACAUCACACCUUCCAGGCGGCAGACUUUCUGUACCCAGAUGAAUCAUCCAUAGUGGGCAGUACAGCCCUGUUCACCACAUUGCUAGAGCGAUGCGACAAGAAAGGAGUGUCGGCCAUCUGCCGCUUCACUUCGAGAUCCG